AGGAGGAGGAGCGGAGAGGAGAGGAGGGCUGCCCCCGAGGGCAGCCCCGCGGAGCGGAGCGGGGCCCCGCGGGUGGAUGCCCGCCGGUACCGGGGCUGGCCCGGGGCUGCCCGGCCGGGCGCUGCCCUGGCAGGCGAGCCGUGCCGUGCCGUGCCGGGGGUGGGGGGCCCGCCAUGCACAAACCCAUGGAGAAAUCCCAAAACUUCAGCAUCGAGGCGCUCCUGGCUGAAGAGCCGCCGAGGAGCGCAUCUCCGCCGGGGCUCAGCCCCGCGGGGAGCCCCGGCCCCCCCGGGCGCACCGACACCCCCUCGCCGAGGGCUCCCCAGGUCUCUGCGCCCCUCGGCCCGGCCGGCUUCGUCCCCAAGCCCGGCUUGCUGCAUCUCCCCGGCCCCGGGCUCGGCGCCCUGCCGGCCCUCUACCCCCCCGCCGUGUACCCGCUCCCGGCCCUGGGGGGCCAGCACCCCGCUUUCGCCUACACCGGCUUCCCCCACCUGCCGCCGCCCGGCGCGGAGCACCUGAAGGCGGCCGUGGCCGGCUCCUUGCCGCUGGAGCACUGGAUCCGAGCCGGGAUGCUGGUGCCGAGGCUCUCCGACUUCCACGCCACCCCGCAGGCCGGCUUGAUGGGGAAGUGCCGCCGGCCCCGCACGGCCUUCACCAGCCAGCAGCUCCUGGAGCUGGAGAACCAGUUCAAGCUCAACAAGUACCUGUCCAGGCCCAAGCGCUUCGAGGUGGCCACGUCGCUGAUGCUCACCGAAACACAGGUGAAGAUCUGGUUCCAGAACCGCCGGAUGAAGUGGAAGCGGAGCCGCAAAGCCAAGGAGCAGGGGGCCACGGCGGAGGCUGAGAAGCUGCGGGGGCUCGGCAAAGCCUGCGAGAAGCUGCUGCCCAGCGAGCCCCAGGGACAGGUGGGCGAGGGCCCCGAGUUUGUGGGGCGCAGCCCCGGCUCGGGCUUCCUGCACCGCAGCACCGCCGAGCUGGGCUACGGCCCCGACUCCUCCUGCUCGGGGGGCGAGGAGGAUGAGGAAGAGGAGGAUGACGAGCUGGGCACCACGGAGAGGAAGAUGGGCUCCGUCUUGUGAACCGCGUCCGGGGAGAGGGGCCGGGCUGAGGCAUCGGGGGCCUCUUUGCUGGCAGCCACAGACUGUGCCCGUGAGGGGCAGGGGGGCCGCGGGGAGCCUGCCCCCCACUUUAACUUAUAUGUGUUUGGAUCCUAUUUAACUCGUAAUUAUUCCUCUGUGUGUAUCUGGGGGAGUCCCCACACCCUGCCCCUAUAAAGCUGUUAUCCGGAUGCCUGUGCUCUUCCUUAGGGGACAGGGGCUCUGCCCUACCAGUGCCCCCAUGCUGCCCUACCUGGGGCACCAGGGGGGAGAAGGGGGGUGCUCAGGAUGUGUGCCCCCUCCUGUGGCUAUAGCUUCCCUGGGGGGGCUGUGCCGGGCUCAGAUCAGCCCCUAGUAGUGGGGUGACAACAGCCACCCCCUGCCGCCUCCCCAGCAGCUCUGGGCUUAGGCCGUGACCCAAAAGUGAGCAGGCUCCCCUGGUCCUUAGGAUGCUGGAGGGUCCUGAGAGACCCUAUAUAUUAUAUAUGUGUGUGUGUGCAUGUGUAUAUAUAUAUAUACUUCCCUCUAUCUAUAUAUGCAAAUUUCCCAAGGUUUCUGCACCCUUUCCGGGCUUCCCCUGGGGAUGCUGUGAUGGCAGUGCAGGCACAGGGACCAGUUUGCUGUGCCACCCCAUCCCAUUACGGGGCUGCAGGAGCGGGGCAGGCUGGGCUGGGCUGCCCCUACCCCAUGUCCUACUGUCACCCCUCAGGGCUGUGCCAGAACACCAUGGGCUUGGGGACAGAGGGGACGGGGAUGCGUGUGGAGAGGCACGGCUGGGACAGAGGGAUGGGCA